AAAAAUGAUUUAUAAAGAUACCAUAUCAUAUGGCGGUUACGGUGUUUAAUCCGAAGAAAGAACCGAGAGAACCAAACAGAGGGCUCUGUCAGCCGUUUUCAUUUUCAAGCGUCCUACUAUACGCCCUGAACAGCGUAAAUUUGACGCAUUUCUCGCUCAGUACGUUGCUUUCUGGUAGUAACUCGCUGAAAUAGAGGUUCUUGGCUCUCUGUUUUGAUUUUUGAAGAUACAACAAGAAUUGGUAAGAAUGAAGGCUACCCAGUUUAGUAAGGGUGUUAUAACAAAACCGACGAGGCUGUUAUAUUCUUCAAGGCCAAGCAAAGUUCGUAAUUCCUUUGUGCCGGUUGAUAGGAAGUGGAUAGGCGAUGCAGACAUUGUGGGAGGCUGCCAUUUGUUUUCAAAGCAUAGAAUACUACUGUCACCCCUGGUGACCCGUCGGAGAAAGCCUGGUUCAGAUGCUUGUAGUUGUCAAUUGAGUUCUGAUUGUAAUAUCGGUUCCUCUGAUGUGGAGGAAAGAUUGGCUGUAGAGGAAGAUGAGGCCUUGAGCUGUGCAGGGAAGGAUGUUAUUCCUGAGUUGACGGGAACUCCUGUCAGUAAAUCACAGUCUCAGGAUGUCAAACACGAACUUUUGAUGCUCUCUUUGCCUGCCAUUGCUGGACAGGCUCUUGAACCCUUAGCACAGCUCAUGGAGACCGCCUAUGUCGGCAGAUUAGGUCCUGUGGAGUUGGGUUCAGCUGGUGUCUCCACAAACAUUUUUAACUCCAUAUCAAAGCUAUUUAAUAUUCCCCUCCUUAGUGUUGCUACUUCUUUUGUUGCUGAAGACAUUUCAAAGUAUGCAAUUGAAGAUUCCGCUUCAGUUGGGGGUUGCCUAGAAGGCAUGACAAAUGGUAAACCUUUUAAUGGAGUGGCUGAAAGAAAACAGCUAUCUUCAGUGUCUACAGCUUUAUUAUUAGCAGUUGUGAUCGGCAUUAUUGAGGCUUUAGCCUUGUAUUUGGGAGCUGGAAAGUUUCUAGAUUUGAUGGGCAUAUCAUCAGAUUCUUCCAUGCGCAUUCCAGCACAACGAUUUCUUUCGCUUAGAGCGUUUGGUGCUCCUGCAGUUGUGGUCUCCUUGGCUCUUCAAGGCGUUUUCCGUGGUUUUAAGGACACAAAAACUCCUGUUUUAUGUCUAGGCAUUGGUAAUCUAUUAGCUGUAUUUUUGUUUCCCAUUCUUAUGUAUUAUUUUCAAUUGGGUGCAACUGGAGCGGCCAUAUCCACUGUUCUGUCUCAAUACACUGUUACCUUCUUAUUGAUCUGGAAAUUAAACAAGAUCACUGUAUUACUGCCCCCGAAGAUGGGAUCACUUCAAUUUGGUGGAUAUAUAAAAUCUGGUGGCUUUCUUCUUGGAAGAACUCUUGCUGUUCUUACAACCAUGACAUUGGGGACAUCAAUGGCGGCUCGUCAAGGUCCAGUAGCUAUGGCUGCACAUCAGAUAUGUAUUCAAGUAUGGUUGGCUGUAUCCCUACUCACAGAUGCACUGGCUGCAUCUGGUCAGGCCCUGAUUGCAACUUCUUUAUCAAAAGGAGAAUACAAGACUGUGAGAGACAUUACAUUCUUUGUGUUAAAGAUAGGAUUGUUCACUGGAGUUUUCUUGUCUGCAAUUCUUGGUGUAUCUUUCGGUUCUUUGGCCACCUUGUUCACCAAGGAUCCUGAAGUAUUAGGAAUUGUUAAAACUGGGGUAUUGUUUGUAAGUGCUAGUCAACCUUUGAAUGCCCUAGCUUAUGUUUUUGAUGGUCUCCACUAUGGUGUUUCAGACUUUGCAUAUGCGGCUCGCUCCAUGAUGCUAGUGGGGGCAAUAUGUUCAGCAUUUUUGCUCUAUGUUCCUUCAAUUGUUGGUCUUCCUGGGGUUUGGUUGGGCCUGACCCUCUUUAUGGGCCUACGAACUGUGGCAGGAUGUUUGAGAUUAUUAUCAAAAAGUGGUCCAUGGUGGUUCCUGCACCGGGACUUCCAGAGAACUGAGCUGGCCACUUGAAAUGGGAUUAAGCUUGGAAGAUUGCAGGACUGCUACUAUUCUCAAGGUUCACUUUAAGGAGUACGUAGUCCGUUGGACCUUAAGGCUCAAACAACUCAGCAUUGAAAGAAUCCUUUCUUCUGGGGUUCCAUCCCUUGUCUUUUGCACAGUUGAUCGUUGUACAGCAGUGGUGCAGGAUCUCCUGUAGUGUUGGCCAGAGGCUGCCUUCAUGGCACAGUGCAUUUUCAAUGCCUGGCAAUCUGAAUAUGCCGUCAACAACCUCAGGUAGCCAUCGGCCGUCUCAUCUCCAAGGUGCACGCAUUCAAAAUACUCUCUGAGAUCCAAGUUCUGGAAUUUUUGAAUGAAUACAUUCGCUUAUACAUUGGAAAUGUCAUUUUACUUAUUUCAAUUAUUACUCAUGUCAAUACGGGUGUACUAGAUUUGGAUCCUGCCAAGCUUAAAGUCGAUGAAUGAUAGAUGAAAUUUGCACCA